UUGAUAUUGGAAAUGCAUGACUGCCUGUAUGCUCCUGACGCUCCGGUGAACCUUCUAUCCGUGGGCGCGAUGCUCGAACAUGGCUUUACUUUCACUAUAACUCCACAAAUGGUACAAAUCCAUCCGGAUCCAGAUCGAUUUACAAUUGCCGAUGUCAUUCGAAGGCUAUGCGUUCUACGAGGCAAAUUCUUACUACCCAAAGACGGAAUCUCUGACUUUAUACAUAUCGCAAUGCCCGUAUUCCUUCCACGGACUCCGAAUGGUGCACUGUUUCAUGAGCGUUUUGGGCAUCCUGGUAUCGACCUCACGAACGAACUCCUAACAGGAUCUUCUGCAGAGGGACUCGAAGAAUGGAAUGGGACGAAAAUGCGGGGUAUUUGUGAUUCUUGUCUAAAAGGUAAACACCCUCGUUUCCCAUAU